AUGAGCACAGAGGAAAACACCAGCAGCGAAAAUUCCCACCAUGACGAGGACAUCGAAAUGCUGGAUUAUUUCGACACAAUUGAAGGCCUCGACUGGAACGGUCUGCCAGAAAACUCGGCACAGUUCCAGAAUUGUAAAACCGAAGCGGCCGAAGCGAAAGCGCAAGAGGCUUUGCCUCCACCUCUGCAAUUUUGCCGGCAUUUUGUCCGAUCCGAUGCGAUACAUUUUUUUGCGCAGACUUGGGAGCCCACGUUCACUGCCUGGUUUUCGCUGUUGGGUAGCACUAGAAUAGCACCAAAUCUUCCGCUUACCGUCCAGAGGCUUGCCGGCGCCGUUCGAGCGCUAGACAGCGUCAUAGAGGGCAAAGCCGAACCCUUUCUUCCUCCUAGAUUUGGAUAUGUACAGCUAUUUGACUUCCUGGAAUCAUUGAAAAGCAAUAUACAACUUCACAACUACUGUGGUUCUAUUGACACGAAACCACAUCAAACCAUUGCUGCGAUAGCAUAUGAGCUCUAUCGUAAUGCGCAAGACACACCAACCGCUACAGGCCGUUUGCGUCGUUUCAGGCUCGUCGGUGGCCGUUGGAAAGACGCUAUUCGCUCAUCACCACUCCUUCUGCUCGCAUUCUCCAAGACUGCGGCUUCCUUUGCGGAAGAUCCUACUAAAGCAGAUAACCAAACGACGAGGAUAUUGCUUUUGAAGGCCUUGGAUGACGUGCCGGAUCAACUGAAGAACGUUUGCACUAAGCUAUCUGAUAUCGCUAAUCUGGAGGUGAUAGGUGCAUUGGCGAAGUACAGGGCUGCUUAG